AAAUCAAAUGCUGUUGAACGUGAAGAAUUUGUGACGAUAAAAGUAGGCGAAGAGCAGUCUGAACGUGACGAUGUUGCAAAUAAAAACCUUCCACAAGAGGCAAAGAUGGAUCUCUAUCAUCCUAAACUCUUAACUUAUGGCAGUAGGAAUGAUGAUAUAAGUCAUGCUCAAACCAUUGAAGGGCCAAACGGCUUGAAAUUGGUGGUAUCUGUGGAAAAACCCGAGACCACAGACGCUCCACCUACUCUAGAUGCAGAAGGUGCGGCCAGCGUAGAGCCGGCAGCAAGAAAAACUAACUCAUCCGAGUAUGGUGAUGUUUGGGAAGAUGAAGAUGAUGUGCAUUUGGAUUCUGAAGAUGUUUCCGUACCUGGCACUUCUUUCAACCCUAUGAAAAAACCACAAGUCAUAGGAGCUCUUGCAAAUGCCAACGACGAUCCGUACAAACCGAAGAUGGAGUGUCCCACGUGUGGACUGGUCCUCUAUCGUCAUAACUUCUCCACACAUUAUAGAAUUCAUACUGGAGAGCUUCCGUUUUACUGCGAGUUCUGUCCUAAGCGGUUUAGAACCACUUCAUCUUUGAAAGUCCAUGUCAGAGCGCACACAGGAGAGAAGCCUUAUGUCUGUCCUAUGUGCGGAUACUCAACAAUUACGAAACGCAACCUAGAUCGACAUAUUGAAAACCAUCAUGUGAGACUAGGAGGUUCGAGAGGACCGGCAACUAGGAAAAGCAGGUAUCGCGAAAAUGUGGAAACUGAGUGGCUGGAUGAUAUGAGAUCUCAUGUUGAACCACAAUAUGAACGAAAUAUAACUGAAAAUGUAGAGGAUCAAGAUGAUUGGGAACAACGGCGUCAUAUCGACCUCGCUCAGGACGCUAAUUCAUCUUGA